AUGACACAAGAAUUUCCGACUCUAACAAACGACCUGCUCCUCCGCGCAGCUCGCGGCGAGCAGACAGAGCGGGCACCUGUAUGGGUCAUGCGCCAAGCAGGGAGAUAUCUCCCAGAGUUCCGAAAAACUCGUGAAACCCAUGAGUUCUUCGAGAUAUGCCGCUCGCCUACUCUCGCAACAGAGAUCACCAUGCAGCCUAUCCGGCGGUACGCCGGCCUUCUCGAUGCAGCCAUCAUCUUCUCCGAUAUCCUCGUAGUACCGCAGGCCAUGGGUAUGGAAGUGAUUAUGAACCCGGGCCCGCACUUCACUGAUCCCUUGAACACGCCUGCGGACGUCGAGAAGCUGCCCCGGGAGGUAGAUGUAGAGAAAGAGCUCGGAUAUGUAUUCGAGGCACUCACCCUCACGCGGAAGACCCUUGCAGGCCAGGUUCCCCUCAUCGGCUUCAGCGGGGCGCCGUGGACACUUAUGAUGUACAUGAUCGAGGGCGGUGGGAGCCAGACGCGUCAAAAAUCAAAGACAUGGCUCUUUAAGUACCCUGAGGCUUCAAAACAGCUCCUUGAGCGCAUCACAGACAUCUGUGUGCAGUAUCUCAUCGGGCAGGUUAACGCUGGCGCACAGCUCCUGCAGGUAUUCGAUUCGAAUGCUGGAGAUUUGUCGCCGUACGACUUUUCUACGUUUUCUCUGCCAUAUUUGAAGCGUAUCGCGGACGAAGUCCGUGAGGGUCUCAAGGUCCGGCAACUUCCUGUCGUCCCUCUCACCUUGUUUGCAAAAGGCGCAUCCCCAUCCCUCGCUGCAAGCGCAGGAUACGACACCAUCGGUCUCGACUGGACGCUCGACCCUCGGGAUGUUGCCAAGGUCACCGAUGGUAUCAUUGAUGGUAGAACCAUCACUCUGCAAGGCAACCUCGAUCCCGUGGUGCUCUAUGGCGGCAGAGAGGCCAUCGAGCGCGAGGUAAAGAGGAUGUGCAGUGCGUUCCAUGAUGCCAGGGGCGGUGCAUGCAAAGCUUGGAUUGCGAAUUUGGGUCAUGGCAUCACACCAGGGGUUGAUCCAGAAGACAUGAAGUUCUUCCUGGAGUGUGUUCACAAGUACUCGGCACUACCGUCUUCAUGA